AUGGGGACCCAAAGUCCUAACCGUCCAAGUUACCCAGCAAGACCAGCUGGAACACCUUUUGCUGCUCCACAGUCAACAACGGCAACACCUUUUUCAGCAUCGGGGCCUGUGACAGGACAAACAGUCUCUCCCUUUAGGCCCCCACCUACUCCAGGAUUUCAGCAUUUCUCGACUCCUUCAGUCAUGUCAACUGGUCAAGUACCACCUCCUCCACAUCCCUCCUUUACGAAUCCCAUCCCUUUCCCUUCACAACUUCAACCACGUCCAAUUCCCAUGGGUUCUCCACCUCAAAGCAGGAAAACAGGACAACCCAACAUGAAUGUCCCCUUGCCUGCAGAUCAACACUCUCCGUUCGCAAGGCCGAAUGCCCAACUUCCCCAGUCUUCUUCUCGGCCAGCUUUUCCUGGGUAUGCUAAGGCACAACCAGAUUCUGUUGCUCAAGCUCCACCUAUGCAGCCAGGUAACUUCCCAUUGCAACAGGGAGGCUUUGCUCCACCAGCACCUCCAACUCCUUUUCAGGGUCAACAAAGAGGGUAUGUUCCUGGUCCUCCAAUUACAGCUCCAUCAGGGCUUUAUUCUGGGAACCAAAUUCAUCAACAUGGCCUUGGACCACCCACCACAACUCCACAGGCACUAGCAGAAGAUUUUAGUUCACUCUCCCUUGGAUCCGUACCAGGAUCGUUUGAUGCAGGACAUGAUACUGGAGCUUUUCCGAGGCCAUUGGAUGGUGAUGUUGAGCCCAAGUGUUUUGCCAAGUUGUAUCCAAUGAAUUGUAGUUCUAGAGUCUUACGACUGACGACAAGCGCCAUACCAAAUUCUCAGUCCCUGGCGUCUCGGUGGUAUUUGCCUUUAGGGGCUGUUGUGUCUCCUCUGGCAGAAGCACCUGCUGGGGCUGUCGUUCAGGAGGAAGUUCCAAUAGUGAAUUUUGCCGCGACGGGCAUUAUUCGUUGUAGGAGGUGCCGCACUUAUGUGAAUCCAUAUGUCACGUUCGUGGACAAUGGAACAAAGUGGAAAUGCAAUAUUUGCACACUGCCCAAUGAAGUCCCAGGAGAAUAUUUUUCGCACUUGGAUGCUACUGGUAGAAGAGUCGAUUUGGAUCAGAGGCCUGAACUAACUAAGGGUAGUGUUGAAUUUAUCGCGCCGGCUGAGUACAUGGUCCUCCCCCCAAUGCCACCUCUGUAUUUUUUUCUAAUUGACGUAUCGAUAUCUGCAAUCCAAAACGGAAUGCUAGAGUCAUCAUUGACACAGCCUCAGAUGAUGGUUGUCUCAGAUUUGGAUGAUAUAUUUAUUCCGUUGCCCGAUGAUCUUCUAGUGAACCUAUCAGAAUCUAGAGAUGUGAUAGAGGCAUUCCUUGAUAGUUUGCGCUCCAUGUUCCAGGAGAACAUGAAUGUUGAAUCUGCAUUCGGUCCUGCUCUUAAAGCUGUAUUCAUGAUUAUGAGCCAACUUGGUGGUAAAUUGCUGAUUUUCCAGAGUUCUCUGCCAUCACUUGGUGUUGGCAGCCUGAGGUUGCGUGGGGAUGAUAUUCGUGUCUAUGGGAUAGAUAAGGAGCAUACUUUACGUGUACCGGAGGAUACAUUUUAUAAACAGAUGGCCGCUGAUUUUACUAAGUAUCAGAUUGCUGUAAAUCUUUAUGCUUUCAGCGAUAAGUACAUAGAUAUAGCAUCAUUAGGCACGCUGGCAAAAUAUACUGGUGGUCAGGUGUAUUAUUAUCCAAGUUUCCAGGCAAGUAUUCACAGAGAUAAGUUGAGACAUGAACUAGCCAGAGAUCUCACUAGAGAGACUGCAUGGGAAGCUGUCAUGAGGAAAAGAUGUGGCAAAGGUGUCCGUUUCACAACUUAUCAUGGUAACUUUAUGCUCAGAUCCACAGAUCUACUUGCACUGCCUGCUGUUGACUGUGAUAAAGCUUAUGCUGCACAACUGUCUCUUGAAGAAACACUCUUGGCCACUCAGACCGUGUACUUUCAAGUUGCAUUGUUGUAUCCUUUUUGCAAAAUACUUCACAUGAAAAGGCGUAUUAGGGUGCACACUGCAGCUGCUCCAGUUGUGGCAGAUCUUGGAGAAAUGUACCGUUUGGCCGACACUGGAGCAAUUAUUUCCGUACUCUCUCGGCUGGCGAUUGAAAAAACCCUUUCCUCCAAGCUUGAAGACGCCCGAAAUGCGGUUCAGGUACGUAUUGUCAAAGCCCUCAGAGAAUACAGAAAUCUUUACGGCGUCCAACAUCGCUUGAGUGGAAGGAUGAUUUACCCCGAGUCGCUAAAAUUUUUACCCUUGUACGGAUUAGCGUUAUGUAAAUCGACGCCCCUUCGUGGUGUGUACUCGGACGUCCAGCUCAGCGAAAGGUGCGCGUCUGCUUUCACCAUGAUGGCAUUACCUGUUAAGAAUCUGCUCAAGCUUCUUUAUCCGGACCUCGUUCGUUUGGAUGACUGUCUUUUGAAAAAUGAAGAAUACGACAUCUCAAAGAGGCUACCACUUACUACAGAGAGCUUAGACACCAGAGGUCUAUACAUCUUUGAUGAUGGUUUGCAGUUUGUGAUUUGGUUCGGGAGGUCGAUUUCGCCUGAUAUAGCUAGGAACUUGCUCGGGGAAGAUUUGGCUGCAGACCAUUUAUUAAAUCUUGGGAAGAGAGUUAGCCUUAAGCCACGAGACAAUGAAAUGUCAAGAAAAUUGAUGAAAAUACUUGAGAAAAUUCGGGAGGGCGACCAGUCAUAUUAUCAGUUAGUUCAUCUCGUGAGGCAAGGUGAACAGCCGAGAGAAAGUUUUUUCCUUCUCACGAAUCUCGUGGAGGAUCAAGUCAGUGGCGUGAAUGGCUAUGGUGAUUGGAUGAUUGUUGAUAUCCAUAGUAACAAAUUAAAUUCAUCUUGUAAAGCAAAUGCUGUUUUGCAGGGAACUGAUAUUUUUAGUCUAACGAAAGAUUUGAAGCAGAGAGUAGUAGAUGCCAUCGAAAUUCGAGACGAAGUUCAUAAAAUUUUGGAUGCAAGGAAAAAAGGGUAUUGGUGGUGA